AUGGCGAGCUCAGGCGCUGGUGUACGCGCGGACGUCGGCGGGAUGGAUCCAUCCCAUCGACUUCUGCUCUUCAUUGGCGGGGUGGCCCAAUCUCUGAAUCUCAGCCCGAAGUACCAAGAUGAGCUUCUCACUUUCAAGGAUUUUCUCUUGGAUCUGGAUCCAAUGUGGUGGCGCGUGCUUGUCGUGCAACAGGCAUCAACCUAUCAGAUGUUGACCGCGCAAGAGGAAGUCGCUCGGAGAAUUGCGGAGCUCCAUGAAGACGUCAAGUCAAUAUGCAAGAAAUCUGGAAGUCGCUUCGAGGUUGAUAAGGAGAUGACCGACGACGUCACCGCAGUAUGCAAGAUUCUAAUCCUUGGCGGGCUUCGAGAGAACUACGAUCUCUCCGAGGAAGCAACGGAACAACUCAAGAACACGACUGCGUAUCCUCGGUUCGCGGAGGCGUGGACGUCGGCGUCGAAGAAGAAGGCACUUUCGAAGGUAGUGAACGCUCAAGCAAACUACGUGCGCAAGGAGUAUCGUGAAGUUUUGGUCGGCUCGGUGACAAGCCCUGUCAAGAUGUCUUCGCUCACUCCGUGCAUCCGCCACUGCAUCAAGAAGUUUGGUUGGACCGGCGCGUUCACCCCCGAGAUGGCCCUUCGGGUUGUGAUCUUGCGUCAGUUCGUUCGGGACAACCGCGACGUGUUGGCACCUCCUCCUCCGCCUUCACCGCGCCGGUCUACAGGACCCCCAGCAAAGCGGAGACGCAUAGGUGGCCGGCCGGAGCACCCCUUUUGGAGCGAGUUCGAGACCUGGCUGCUUGCAAAGAAUGAGGCCUGGGGAAAGGAUAUCCGCGAGCCUCAGUGGAGAGCUUAUCUUACAGACUGUCUUGUCCAGGAGCGGCUUGCUUGGCCAGAUGACCCCCUCAGUUUCAUCCCACACGACGCUCUGCCUGCUGCGCUUCCCGGCACCGUUGCCAGCUUCUCUGGACUCUCCGGCGACAGCGAUCUCUCCCUCAUGGCUGUGACGGGCCCGAUCAAUCCCCCGGCCGGGUCUCCGCCGACCACUUCCUUCGUGGGUUCACCCAUCUCUCACCAGCCAGAUCUCUCGUUGUCGCCAGUGGAUGUGGGUCGCCUUCCCGCGCCGUUUGCAGGAGUAUCAAGGUCGUCUUCUCCGUUUUCCUCUGGAUCCUCACGUCACGACGGCGAGGACUACCCGCCCGACGAGUACCACCUGCCCGCCGAGUACCGUCCGCCCACCGAGUACCCCUCGCCGGCCGAAUACCAACAGGGAAGCCACAUUUCGUCAGCGCGGUCGAUGUCGUCCGCCCCGUCGACACGGUCGAUGUCGUCCACGCCAUCGACGUCGGCGGCGGCGGCGGCGGCGACGGCAGCAUGGGCAGGUAUGCAACCUGGGCCAUCCCGGGGAGUUCCUUAUCCUGCGUCAUCCGUCGACCACCUCCCUUCUGCUUCUCAGGGGUCCACUUCUGUCUCGUGUCGCCCGGUUCCGCAUCCUCGGCCAGUGCGCCGCCGGGAAGCGUCGACUCCGCAUCCAGGGACACCAAAUCACGGCGGUCAAACACAACGUUUGGGGCAACUCUCAAUGCUCUUGAACGCCGACUCUGAACCUCGCAACUUCGACUUCGACGCUCGACCUGGCGCCGACGCUAUGUCAGGCUCGCCGGCCUCCGCCCUCGGUUCCGCCAGCUCUGGCCGCCCCUAUGGGCAAGAUGGAACUCCUGUGCGUUCCGCACAUUCCGCACAUUCCGCUCUUCGACCUCCCCAGUCAUCUCAAAGCACACAACCACCUUCAAUGAUGCAGGGCGCCCAGGGCCUCAACGGCGCCUUCCGAUUCCAGUCCAAUCCUUCCAGUGCCUCCCUCCAGUAUCGGUAA